AUGCCACACUUUCCCCAACUACCCCGAAGGUCUGGAAGCGGUAACGAGGCCAAUCCACCUCAACAACCGAAUGGGCAGAACAACGGCCUCUCGGGCGCUAAUGGCACAAAUCAACCUCGCCAAACGAACAGACAGACCAACGGCACGAAUCAACCUCGCCAACUGAACGGGCAGACCAACGGUACGAAUCUACCUCAACAACCGAACGGGCAUACCAACGGCACGAAUCCACCUCAACAACCCAAUGGGCAGGCCGACAGCACUCGCAGAGACCGUGCUGCCAAUGCACUGGCCCAAAUCCGGGUUGAAUCGCAACCCUCAAUAACACCUGCUGAACAAUACGGCCUCCUCCAAAACGCACAAAACUUCCUCGGGGCCCUCGAGACGGUCAGCAUGCUCGACUUGUUCAUUGGACGUAUGGAAUCACACAGCCGCCGCCAAUUCACCACCCAAGAGUUAUUCCAAGAUGUUGUCGGCCAUCUCGGCGAGCUCAAUCGUCGAGAUCUCGUCAACCGCGUGGAAAUGUUCAUGCCUGCGGACUGGCGGGCUGUACCAGGGACUGGCAGGGCUGGGCAGCGUAUCGUGCUCGUUAAUGUGCCUCCAGAUGGCUGGUUUGUCUUCGGAGAGUUUCCUCCUCCACCAGCUGAGGACAUUGUGGACUCGGAUUGA